GAAAUCUGUCGUUGCAUGUUUCCCGUGGACAAGCAAAGAAAAUUAAUAUUUGUUCAUAAAGCAAGUGGUAUCUCAUCCGAAACUGUGACAGGAAAACUGCAAGCAGCUGAACUAUCUCACGUCUAAUUUACAUAGCGGUGGCUUCACGGAAAUCAUUCUUUUAUCUGGACACUUACGUGCCACGUCUGCCUUCUAUUGCACGAAAUAUCCGAUGUCACGACAGAUCGAUCGUGAACCAUCGUCUUUAAACUUGCAGUUUGUAAAUGUUCAGUAUUGGGUUUGUUUGAUAUUGGCCCAGCGGUAAAUUCAUUUUGGCAAAAGCUGGUGUUUUGUGUUUCGAAUGCAAAUCGAUGAUCAACAUUUGGCUGUCGAAAGCACUGUUUUGUCUUCGAUUUGUUGACGGGACGUUGACCGGGACGAUAUAAAUUGGCGAGGAGAACCCGCUUAUAUUCUGUGGACUGCUCAUAAAUAAUUUCGCAAAUUUAUAGUCUGCAGAUCGUUGCGGUUGUAUGUAAAAUACUGGGCCUCUAUAAAUAUACAAUGAGUGGAUUCUAGAAGCGAUUCAUGCCGUAGUGUUGUUGACGGAACUAAAGCCAACUUUUUAUUCGGUAGACUUUCACACUUCGUCGACUUCUCCAUGACUGACGUGGAUUCAAAUUUUCUAUCGCCAGAAUCGAUACUAAAGCGAACUUCAAGCGAGCCUGAUAUUUUUGGUUCGGGCAUUCGACAUAGAACAUGUAGCAAUUCUUCCCAACUGCAAUAUAACAGAGCGAGAGAGCGAUCUAGGGCUUCGUUUACAAACAAGGAACGGUCAAGAUCUCCAUCCCCGCCGAAUGGUAUUUUGGUAACUGAUUAUGAAGGACAAAUGAUUGUUGACGGAAGGUAAGAGAAACAGAAGUUGAGAGCUUCCAGUUGAGAUUAGAUUUGAUUAAUUGUUAUCACAGAAUCGAUUUGUACUGCAUGCUUUCUGUACACAUGAUAUAUAUAUAUAUAUAAGCCUAGAAUAUUUUUUUAUUAUGUCUUGUGAAGGAUAUCAAUCACCUUGUUCAAGACUAGUUUAAUACUUGCAGAAAAAUAUUUGUUCCUCAAGGAAAUAAUGUAGUAGUAUUACACGUCGUUUCUAGAAGUAUGAAUCAGCCCUGUCGAUUGAUGUUCUCAGAUAAUCUCACUUUUAGUUUCGAUUUCGGCCAUCCUGUAUUUUUAUUAUGAGUUUAUCUUAUUAUUUUGGCAAAAAGUUACCCGCAUUUCAGUCCUUCUUUUUGUCUGAUAAUUAUGUUUUCAUUUUGCAAUGGCCUGUCCCAGUCCGAAUCCAGCCAGAAACAACAUUAGACAACGAUAAAACUAUGUAAGUUCCGUGCGUAUGGGAAGUAAGUUCUUGUAGCAGAAUCCUGGUGAUACAAAAUUUAAUAUAAUUUAUACCAAGGAUCAAAACAUUACCACCUGUUCUUUCAAUUCCACUAUUGAUAAAAUCCAAUAACUGUGCAUUUAUGAUAUGUAAUUAUUUAUUACUUUGGCUGUCUUCCAUUUGUCACAAAGUUUUUAAGGCUGUGCUACAGUGGUGCCUGGUGCCACCUGGCAGCUCUCUUAAAUUUGCCUUUAAGCCUACUCAGAACAUUCCUAGGCUAUCAUGCAAUAACAUGACAUCUAACCCAUGCAGGGCAGGGUGGGGAGAGAGGGAGAAAGGUCUACACAUGAGGAUGUGGCUGUUUAAGUAAUUUAAGAUUAAAAAAAGUUAAUAUUAUAUUAUUUUUAACUUCAAGUUAUUUCAGAAUAACAAUGAACAGUUUUAAAAUGUUCAAUCACAUGUAUAAAAGGUGAAGGUCACCAUUAAAUUAAUAUUGUAAUUUUUUUCAGCUCAUUGAAUGAUAGUUGUGCCAGUGACGAGUUCUCCUUCAGAGAUCGUGCCCCAACUUCUCCAAGCCGAGAGGAAGUAAAGGCACAAGCAUUUGAUCGAUUACAAGAAGAACUAAAGAAAGCUCAAGAAGUGAGAGAGGCUUUGCAAGCAUUUUUGUGAUUUUUUAAAUAACGAUUACUGACGACUACAUAUUUUUGUAAAUGAUGAUGUAUAUAUAUAUAUGUAUGCUAAAAGAAUUACUGAAGGGAUUUAGUUAUGGUAAUUUUUACCAAUUAGAACUGUCUGGUAUUUGAGUGAUGUUACUAGAGCUUGCUGGGGGGCUACAAGUUAAUAGAAAUAAUGUAUAUUGAACCAUUAGUAAUGAAAUUAGUAUUAUGUUAAGAAGAGAACUAAUAUUGUGGUCAGUUGCCAAUACUUGAGGCGUGUAGUAGUUUGACAUCGCGUGUAGAAAACAUGCAUUGUGCAUGCAACCCACAGAUUAGUCAGUUACAGUGCUGUAUCUGCUAGUAGAUAUAUACAUGUAAGGCCGUCCCCCCCUUUUUUUUUUCGUUUAGCGUCGAAUGCGUUUCCUGAUAUUGGGUCGCUCGGUCGGAUUGAAAAAAAAAAUUCGAAAAAAAAAUCACAAGUAGUCUCAGAACAGAGGCCCUGUUAUCCCAGGAUGACAUUAAAAGUUAACAUUUACAUAUUUGGAUUAACAAAAUGCACAACAUACUGUACAGAAAGUUUCCUGUUUUUGUUCCUGUUUUUCUCUACACUGUUACUGUGCUCAUUUUUCAGAUUAAAAGAAUUAUUUCAAGUGAAAAAUGGUUUAUCCACUUCUUUACUUCUUCUUUUAUUUUUUUGAAAAUGCCAAAAAUUUGGGUCGGUCAGACGAUGCUAAAUGGAGCAAAAAACGAGCAUAGCCUAAACUAAAUAAAAAUCUGUAGGUUAAUGAGCUAAUUUCCUAAAUUACCUGCAGGCUUAUAGCCAAUGAGAAUACACAUAGUGAGUACAAGGUAUAAUAGUAUCAAAAAAAGAUGCUAAUAUUUUUGUUUUAUUGCUGUGAAGGAACUUAAAUUGAAAGAUGAAGAAUGUGAAAAGCUGUCCAGGGUGAGGAAUGAACUGGAGGCAGAGUUAGAGGAAUUAACAGCAAGUCUAUUUCAGGUUUGUUAAAAUUUUUGAUUUGUGAAAAUAUCAAUAGUAAUUGAAAAAUACCAGGAAGCUGGUGUAGUGUUGAUCAAAGUAUGUUUUGCAUUUGCUGGUUUUCAAUAAAUUUAACUUCAAAAUGUUAAAAUAAUGUGUGUUUACAUUUGCAAUAUUAGUAGUGACAUUUGAGACGGGACGCAUUCACUAACAUUUUUUUGUGACAAUAGUAGUAUGUCAUUUAUAACAAUGCUGUGCUUUGUGGUUCAUAUGGAAUGGCCUUCCAUGAUUUCAAGUAUGAAUUGUUGAUAAUGAUGGAAAUUUUAAUGUCAUGAUUGUUACAACCACCUGCAAAUACUAUGCUGAGCAGUAAUAAUGUACAGAACUUGUUGAAUUCAUUUUUUCACAGGAACAUUUAACCAUGAUAAAAAUAACUCGGAGUAGCCAAAAGCUAAAGAUCCCUCUUUUCAGAACAGCCUCCCGACAGAGAACUUUUUAUUACAGGACUAUUAAGAUUUGGAACAAUUUAGAACCUCGUAAAUUAAGCCAAUCUGUUCACAUUUGUAAAUGUCUCUUAAGGAACCAACUUUAUGCAGCUUUUAGAUAAUUUUGUUUUACAAAUGCUUCCUAGUUAAGUUUAAAACAUAUUGUAAUUAGUAAUUUAAUUAAGUAUUGUAAUUGGUAUUAUUUUGUAGUGUUGUAAUUAGUUAAAAUGUAAUACUUGUAAAUAAUGAUUGCUCCUGAAAAGCCCCUUUGAGGAGGAAACAGUAAAGUAUAUAACUAUGCAUGUAGUAUGUAUCUUGCUUGCACUGUUUUCUUAAUUAGCAUAUGGGCCAUGUUGACACUAAAGCUCUGGUUAAGUCCGUCUAGGAGCCAGCUCUGCCUGUUAGUUUGUUGAUUUGCCAAUCGAAUUGAAGGGAAUUUUUCGAAAGACACUUUUGGUAGUUUGUUGAGGCCAUCGGGGGCCAGAACAAGGAUCUCUGCCUUGCUUUGUGGAUAUUACUAGCUGGGGUUAGAUUUCAUCUGCAAUGCAGGCUAUCAUGUUUGCCUUAGAUCUCCUAUGUUUUUAAUAAGUGUAACUACUUUAUAUAUUAUUGAAAGUUGUAUAUGAAUGUAAUGUCUCUUUUGACAGGAGGCUCAUGCAAUGGUUAGAGCAGCAAAAGUAAAACAGGCAGCAGCUGAGAAGAGAUUCAAAGAAGCAAAUAGUAAGGUUGGUGUGCAGUGUUUAUAACUGACUGGUCCUCACUAAUCUUCGUGUGAUGUGCACGGUGGGAGCAGGGGUAGAGAUGGCUGGAGAGAAGACAGUAUUAAUUGAUAAGGCAAUGUAGGGUGGAUAGGGUAUUGUACCCCAAAGGGAGGUGAACCAUGGUUUGGGUAUAGGGUUGAUGCCCUAAAUGAGACAGAUAAAAACGCGUGCAUACAAAGCUGUCAAACAUACACUAAAAAAUUUGCUUAACAGUUAUAACGUGCCAAAACAUGGUUCUCACAGUUCAGAGUACCACUUCUCAAACCAGUAGAGGAUAACAAUCAUAAUACUUCUUUCAGACCCUCCCUCCACUAGUGGCCAACAACUUAACUUGUCUAUGCCAAAAGUCUGACUAGGGACCUGAUGUAAGCCUGGCAAACUUCAUCAUACCUAGAUCUAAAAGUUAUGUUGUUACCUACACCAGGUGGAAGUACUCCAGGCCGAGGUGACUGCACUGAAGCAGUUGGUGUUAACAUCAGCAUCAUCUCCCGGUCACAAAAAAGGGAUGGGAUAUCGCCGACACAGUACAGAGCAUCUCAGUCCAUGUGUAGAAUGUGGCUCUUAUGACUGCGACGCUGCUGUUGCAAGGUUUAAUGGAACAUGCGCUGAACAUUCUCAUCAUCGUGGGGACACCAUGAAAGAUGAACCAGAGGUUGGUUGAACAAAAAAAAGGUUUGGGAAAGUCUUCAAUUUGACUUUUCCCCAGCCUUCUUCAUAAUUUGCAUAGUAUGGGAACACAUCAUUCGUACGAUGGGUUGAAAAGUGAUCCUUGUUUCCCCACCUGAUGCUCCCAUACCUUACAUUUUAUCAAGAUAACUAGGUAUGAGUCAGGGUUUCAAGAACUUGAAAUGGUGCUGCCAUCAUAAGGUAAGGUAGAUGGCUAUCAAAGACAAUAGUUGGAGACACUGAAGUAAGCAACUACAGAACAUAGGACCAUAUUUUAAGGUGGCCCGGGGGCUUGCUAGUCAUGGCAACUGUUUAAAGAACGAGAAAGAUAUAAGACAUAAUUAUAAGUAUAAGACAGACAUAAAAAGAAGACGUAAAACUAAAAGUAUAAAAUUGAAAGAGGUAUUAAAGGUAUAUUUCUUUGCGCUUUGGUGGCUCGAUGGUUUGUCAGUCGAGGUUACCAUCUUAAAGGACUAGAAAGGUAUAUAUAUUAUUUUAGUGGCUUGACAGCUCAGUGGCUCGUCAGUGGGGACUAUCGAGUCACCGAGCCGCUCCAACGAGUAUACCUAGGAAAUUUGGCCUGUAUUCUGUAGUUAUUAGCCCUGUACAUUUAUGAAACCUGAGAUGUGGUGUCAUAUCUGACUUGCAGACAUCAAUAAUUGGUUUUGUCUCAAGUUGUUUAGAUGUUAGAUGAAGCAUUGAGUCAAUUAUUUGAUACAGCUUCUGAAAUGAAGUGCAAUAUAUUUGAGGAAAUUCCGAGCCAAAGUCCAUAAAAUAUUAUCAUGGAAACUAAGAUGCGGUUUCCAGACCUCCUUCAUGGUAGCAAUUUCCUUUUUUAUUUUCUCUUCAUAAAAAACAAACUACAAUAAACUGUGGUGGAUAGAGUUCAAACAGUCAUCUCCACCAUCAGGAGUUAUGUCCAAAAAUCAGAGGCACCUAAGGACGGUUUCCUCCCAAAUGCAUUGAAAACACUUUUAAGGGUAUCUAGAAAUGCAUUCUAAGCGGCGCUAUAAAAUUUGUAUCUGUUUGGUCAUUCUGGGGGAACUUGAGUCUUUUUUAAAUGCAUUCUAAGCGGCGCUAUAAAAUUUGUAUCUGUUUGGUCAUUCUGGGGGAAUUUGAGUCUUUUUGAAAUAUGUACCCAGAUGUGGGUAGUGACCCGUCAUCAGUAUGGAGUUUCUGCGCUCCUUCCUCAGACGUCAUUUCGCGGGUAAACCAGUGGUGACGUUGCUGAAUGUCGGCUGUUUUGUCAGUCUUGUGAAAUAACAGAGAAAGGAAUAUAUAUCUGGUUCGUUUUAGGUGGAUGUCAUUCUAUUCCGCGAGUUUCUACAGUGGAUGGAUGAACGUUCCGUUUCGCAUGAUCAGCCAUUUUUAGCCAGGAUUUACAAGGAAGACGUGGGCCCUUGCUUGAACUUUCCUAACAAAGAGGUAGACUUUUUUUACGUUUCAAACAUAGUCGGUUUUUUAUUUUAUAAAAUUGCUGAUAAGGUGCGAAACCCCGAAAUCAUGCGCGUGAGCCACAUUUUAGCGAGCUUGUGAUAGUGACCGUCACCAACAACCAAGUACGGUUGUCUUGCACGCUAAAAAAUUUAGCGACUCAAGGUAACUUCGAUUACUUGCGUAUAGCAAUACUUCUGUGGAAAAUGUCUCAGCAAUUAAAGCUAAAUCUGGUACAUGUAUGAUGUACAAUUUUAGUGGUUCUAUAGAAAUUGUCCAAUGAAUGUACCCAAAGUACUUCUUCCCAGUUUCAGUUCAAUUUUGUGCUUCUCGGUGAAUUGUCUUCUCUUGUCCCUUCAGCUCGCCCUUGCAGUACACAGUGCAAUUGAAAACAAUACUCUUAUGAUGGAAACAUUCACUGGCAAACCUCUGUUUAGGUAUGUAAUAUUAAUUAACUUCACAGCCGAACUGUGCCAGAAACCCCUCAGCCCUGAUCUUUGCCUUACCUAGCUCACAAGGUGGUUUUGCUUUUUUACACCUAAUGUAAAGCAGGAGACCAGAAGAUGAAGCAUUUUGCCGGAUAGAUGAAUGUCUUUAAUCUUUUUUAGGGGCUUUCUAAAGGGUGAGCCGUUCUCCCAGUUUAGCCAGCCAGUGAUGAUCGCUUUACAGACGUAAACCUGUGACUGAAAACCUGCCGCAAUGCAAACUGUAAGCUGCGAUCAGGCGGUCCUUCUUUCUUUUCAAGAAGAACACCUGAUCUCAGCUUAGGCAAACCGUUAGUGGAGAGUGGUUGCUGCUAACCCCCCGCAUUAAAAUCUCUAAUUGUUUUGCUCCGCAUAUUUACAUUUUAAUAAUUCUAUUAUUUCUGUCCUUUUUGUUUUCCAGGAAAUGUGCUUUAACUGGUACAUCGCGGUUCUGUGUUCACCGUGUAAAGUUAACAGAAAAAGGAGACUGGUACAACCUGAGUCGAAACAGCAGAGUAAGGGUGAGUACUCGUUAACUGCUUUCCUUUUUCUACUUUACUAAGCAGGUCCUAGUUGUUAAAAAGGUGGAUAACGUAAUCCAUUGGAUAAACCUCUUUCUGAAUUGGUUUCCCUUAAACUUAUCCGCUGGAUAGUGAUUUAUUUAGUGAAUAGCACUAUCCAAAGUUUGAACAACUGGGGCCAGAACUUUUGUGGAUUAAAAACAACACCGACGUCUUUUCAUCUUUUUCUUUUUUAAAUGGUUAGUGCAGUUAUCUUUAGUUUCUUUACGAUGGAUAGAGUUGGGACCAGGACUAAGUGAAUUUUCAGAACGAGUUGUCCGCCUCACUGGCCAAUGUGAUGUGGUGCUAUGCAGUGUUCCAAAUAAGAGACGGGUCUCGGGUCAAUGACUCGACAAAGAAGGCUUCCUGACCCGACAGAUGUGAUAUAAGUGUAAUAGUGUUAAGUCAAAUAUAACGCAAAAAAAAUUAAGGACAUGAUCUUGGCGACCCCUCAGAUGGUCUACAAGACCCCCCCGCUUGAAAGAAUUGAAUGGAACGCUUCUAUGAGACUGGAUCGGUGUGGCGUCGAAUUGUAUUAUGGGACACUUGGGAACAAUUUUUGACCCAUUUUCCCGCUCAACUUCGUGAUAGUCAAUAAAAGAAGUAAUGGCGUCCCCAAAAUCAGUCCCAUAAUGCAGUUCGAAACAACACCGACCCAGUCCCACGCUCAUCCUCAAAAUGGCCAAUAGAAAUUCAAACAAAUAACUGAAGAACGUCUCUCAGCGGGAGGUGGUCAUCUUCUAGAAGUGUUUGUCACGAGAGACGUGUCUGUGUAGACCUAUGACUAAACCCUUUUUGACAGUGACUGACGUCUCAACAGCAUUAAUGAAAGGCUAAGACACAUGAUGUUAUCUAUUUUUUUUAAUCACAAGAGUAGUCGUUUGUUAAUUUGUUUUGCUACUUGUGUUACUGUGUUAGAAAUCUUUUCAAAUAUCACUGGUACGAAUUUACCGUGUCUUUGUUUUGUUCUAGAUUGUAGCAGUUUGUGAUUUUUAUACCUACGUACGCUACAUUCAGCAGGGACUUAUAAAGGCAGACGGUACGUUUUGCAGUCAUAUCAUGUUAUAGUUUACGCCCUGUCCACACGAAUUCGUUUACGAAAAAACCUAGCCUACGAAUACAGCCGUCUGUCCUCGCUUCUAGCCGUCUUAACGUUCCACGCUGCAAGGAGGAAAGAGAGACGGUUGCAUUCGUAGGUGAUGAAAAACUCCGUUUUUAUGUUACUGCGCUUUCAAAAACACGCGAACUCUGGAGUUCAAAAGCCGCCUUCACAAUUGCGUUUUUCGCUGCUUUCAAUCAUAAUUACGAUUACAAGCAACGAACCUUGACACAUGGAAACACACAAAACGGAUCGAAAUCCACCAAUCACUAAACACAAACCAUAACCUUUUGACCUUCAUGAGGCUUGUGUACGAUACCCUCGUGUUUCCUUGCUAUUUUAAAUCAACUUUAAACAGCCCGAGUUCUGAUCGCUUUUAGGCUAAACGCAUAAAAAUUGAAGCUUUUUUUGCUUUAAUUUAAUUGAAGCUUUAUCUAUGUAUCUUAGAAAUUUUGGUUCGGAGAAAAUCGUCCGAACGAUCGUACUUCCCCCCAUUCAUGUAAGCCGUGGUGAAAUUUUCACAUUUCAUGCACCCGCGCGUUUCGGCGGUAAAUCGCAUGGCCACCCGGAUUUUUAGAGGGAAAAAAACCACAACAAAGCCGAGUCUUUUUUUGACUUAAUUUUAUUGUCUACAUUAAGGUGGAUAACAGAGAAAGAGCUAGAGCUAGAGAUAAAAAACGAAGGAGAUCAAUUUCGUUGGAAGAGAAACAUGACAAUUUGGAUCAAUUUGGAUUUUGCUCGCAACUUACGAGUUUGGCGUCGCUCGCUCGGCGGAACUGGAGGUGAAUCAGUGAGUAGUGCAGGAUAUUCACUGACUGAGUAGCCAAUCAGAGCGCGCGAAAAACACUAUCCAUUGUUGUAGUAUAUACUAAAUGUAUAUAUUAAACGAAAACGCAUCAGUUUGGACCGCGGUCUGAGCAACAUGUUGUUAACUGAAAUAACCUAAUACUUCUUCUUCUUCCUCCUAUUAAGUAACUAAGUGAAGGCUAAAAGAUCUUCCUCUAAUUAUUUCUUGUUUGACACACAGUGACGGAGAUCUACUGGGAGAUAAUGAGACUGAGAGGCCAAAUGGCGCUUGCUAGAUUGGGACUGGAAACUACUUGUUCAGGCAAGAUUCAGAAGAACAGCAGUCAGUCCUAGCAGGAAUUGCUUCUUGCUGUUUUUUAGUAUUUCUUAGAUUCGUGAGUUGGGUUUUGAGGGUCUGAGUGGGGCUUAGUGUUUCUAGAGAAAAUACUGUUAAGUGUUUGGAGGGUUCUUCGGACAUCUUCGGUAGUCUUCGGAAUUUUUCGGCAAUCUUCGGGAAUCUUCGGUAAUCUUUGAAAAUCCUCUGAAAUAAUCGGGAUUGUCGGCAUAAAUUGGCCGAAAAGUCCUUGAUAUACUAAACAAAGUAAUAUUUUUGCUCAUAUCUUAUAAUACACCUUGUUUGCCC